GUCUGUCAUGGCGCAUGAUAAUCUUAACGUCCUGUAGCCUGUAUUCAAACUGGCGUGUCUAAAGUAAUGUGUUAGUGUAAGGUUAGGCAGUGGUAGAGAUUAUGACCUGAAUCUUUAUUUUAGAUUUGUCACGUAUUUCAAACGUUAAAUACAGCUUUAAUUCGUGUUUUUACGUAGAUUUAAUAACUAUAUAAACGAAAAGAUUAGUUCAUUCUUAUUUAGCUGUUGUGUUGGUUUCGCUAAAAGUCAAAUCAGUUGUCAAAAGGCUUCCGCUACAUCACUUUUCUGGUGGUUCCAUUGGUAACAGUGUAUGGCGCUUUCAUGUAAAGUCGCUUGUCAAGUCGUGGUAUGGUCUUAUUCUUUUUUAAAACAUACCUAAAAUAAUGUUUGUAUAUAACUUUAUUAUUUUGUAUAAAUAUCUAUAAAUGUGAUUAACAUCCACGUAAGACGAGAUAAUUAAUGGGUUCAUUUCAUGUUUUUUUAUCGCCUGAAUAAUAAAUACUAUGGGUUAUAUAUAAUAUUUAGAUAUGUUAUAUGUUUAUUUAUAUUUCAGGAAUUCGUUACUGUCUAAGUAAAGUGAAAAUAGUCUGCCAUGACAUAUGUUGGAAACACAUGUGAAAUUUUCAGAAAUACUGUGAAUUUAAAUGUAUAUAAUAUAGCAUUUAAGAGAAUUUAAGCAAAAUAAAUCAGGUAUAUUGAAGUUUUUCUUUGUCGAAAAAGCUGACACUUUGAACUAAAAAAAAAAAAGGAAUUGAAACAAGUCUUCUUAACACCUGAAUACUCUAAUGGAUUUCAAUGGACGUGAUAUAUAAAUACUGUGAAUUUAAAUGUAUAUAAUAUAGCAUUUAAGAGAAUUUAAGCAAAAUAAAUCAGGUAUAUUGAAGUUUUUCUUUGUCGAAAAAGCUGACACUUUGAACUAAAAAAAAAAAAAGGAAUUGAAACAAGUCUUCUUAACCCCUGAAUACUCUAAUGGAUUUCAAUGGACGUGAUCUAUAGUUGAUAUAAGGGUGUAUGUAGGUGACACAUGGGUAACAUAGAGGUAAUGCAUAGGUGUAAAUAGGUGAUGUAUAUGUGUUAUAUAGGUGAUAUAGAGGUGUAUCUUUUGCCAUCACAGAAACAAGAAUGAGUUUAGAAGAUUUCAACAUCUACUUCAUAAACAAUUGGAUCCUGAUACCAGUGGUAAGUAGGUCAUUGUCAUGUCUGUAGGUCACUGUCAUGUCUGUCAUAACACAUCGAUUAUCAGCUGCGUGUCUGAAACUAUGGUCACCUUAAGCCAUGGGCCCGCUAACUAUGGUCACUUAGGGCACGGUUCAGCUAACUAUGGCCACUUUGGGCACGGGUCAGCUAACUAUGGUCACUUACGGCACGGGUCAGCUAACUAUGGCCACUUUGGGCACGGGUCAGCUAACUAUGGUCACUUAAGGCACGGGUCAGCUAACUAUGGUCACUUAGGGCACGGGUCAGCUAACUAUGGUCACUUAAGGCACGGGUCAGCUAACUAUGGUCACUUAAGGCACGGGUCAGCUAACUAUGGUCACUUAAGGCACGGGUCAGCUAACUAUGGUCACUUAAGGCACGGGUCAGCUAACUGUGGUCACUUAGGGCACGGGUCAGCUAACUAUGGUCACUUAGGGCACGGGUCAGCUAACUAUGGUCACUUAGGGCACGGGUCAGCUAACUAUGGUCACUUAGGGCACGGGUCAGCUAACUAUGGUCACUUAGGGCACGGGUCAGCUAACUAUGGUCACUUAGGGCACGGGUCAGCUAACUAUGGUCACUUAGGGCACGGGUCAGCUAACUAUGGUCACUUAGGGCACGGGUCAGCUAACUAUGGUCACUUAGGGCACGGGUCAGCUAACUAUGGUCACUUAGGGCACGGGUCAGCUAACUAUGGUCACUUAGGGCACGGGUCAGCUAACUAUGGUCACUUAGGGCACGGGUCAGCUAACUAUGGUCACUUAGGGCACGGGUCAGCUAACUAUGGUCACUUAGGGCACGGGUCAGCUAACUAUGGUCACUUAGGGCACGGGUCAGCUAACUAUGGUCACUUAGGGCACGGGUCAGCUAACUAUGGUCACUUAGGGCACGGGUCAGCUAACUAUGGUCACUUAGGGCACGGGUCAGCUAACUAUGGUCACUUAGGGCACGGGUCAGCUAACUAUGGUCACUUAGGGCACGGGUCAGCUAACUAUGGUCACUUAGGGCACGGGUCAGCUAACUAUGGUCACUUAGGGCACGGGUCAGCUAACUAUGGUCACUUAGGGCACGGGUCAGCUAACUAUGGUCACUUAGGGCACGGGUCAGCUAACUAUGGUCACUUAAGGCACGGGUCAGCUAACUAUGGUCACUGAGGGCACGGGUCAGCUAACUAUGGUCACUUAGGGCACUGGUCAGCUAACUAUGGUCACUUAAGGCACGGGUCAGCUAACUAUGGUCACUGAGGGCACGGGUCAGCUAACUGUGUUAAGCGGCCUUAAGUCUUUCUUUUAUUUUUUCGUCUCUCAAAUGGAUUUUUUACUUUUUCUUUGUAAGAUAUUUUGUUCAUCAGAUCCAUGAAUCAUAUGUAGCUGUCAUGAAUCAUCUGUAGCUGUCAUGAAUCAUAUGUAGCUGUCAUGAAUCAUAUGUAGCUGUCAUGAAUCAUAUGUAGCUGUCAUGAAUCAUAUGUAGCUGUCAUUUAAAUGUUCAUCCCACGUUCUUAAAUGUCCCACAUUUUAAUUAAAAAGGCUAAUUUUGGACUUUAUGAGUCUAAGCGUUGUCUCUCAUCUGUGAGUGCCUCGUGUAACAUAAGUAGACAACUUUUGAUGACACCUUCCACUUACAUCAAACCUUGUACAAUACCACAUGACGCUACGCUGUACCAGACCACCUGACAGCCACGUUGUACUGUACAACGUUACACUGCACUGUACCAUACCACCUGACACCUAUGUUCUCCCAUACCCCCUGACACCUAUGUUGUACCUGACACCUAUGUUGUACCUAACACCCACAUUGGACCAUACCGCCCGACACCUAUGUUGUACCAUACCACCUGACACCUAUGUUGUACCUGACACCCACGUUUUUCUCACCCUGCAUAAAUUACAUUUACUUGACAAUAUAUUAUAAACUGAAUUAAACAAUAAAUUGUUGAUUUCAAUAGUUUUUGAAUUUUUGUUGAUUGUUAAUGAAUAAAAAAAAACAAUGUUGAGGUUAGUUGAAGGGUUGGUCACUUGCUGCUAGUUACUUCAUUUUCAACUGCACUGCUUAUCCCUAGUAAUGGAUAAAUAGCUAAUAAUAUUGUUUUAAAGCAAAAAUUCUUUACCCAAUUUAUAGAUCGCUUUUUCUAAUUUCGAAUCCGUCACUAAAUAUUUAUUAGCAAAUAUUUCUAACAACGUACAAGACUGCGAAUGUCACUACAUGUAUCUUUAUAAUAUGUAAAUGACUUUAUAUGUUGACUUUGUAAAUGUAAAAAGCACUAAAUAUUGUAUAAGGAGUUUGACAUGAAAAUCUUGAGAUAAUCCAGUUACAAGAGGAGCAGUGGUUCCCAGAUUUUUUUCUCUCCCGUACUCUUUUAUUAGACGUGUCAUUUAUAAAUAACCCCACCCCCACCUUGCCCACACACACCCUCACACACAACUUUCCUUACUUCCAGUUAUCCCUAAACAAAAUUAAAAACAAUAGAUCAGCUAAAUAAUGAAAUGAAGCUGAUACAGUCAAUGACUUUAUUACACUUUUAUUUUCUAUUUUACAAGUUAGUUCCAUUUCUUUUGUUGCAAAUUAAUUUUUUUUUUUUUUUUAAAUCUGUUACCCCCAUAAAUUUUUCACAAAAGUACAAUAAUUAUUCCUUAACUUUUGAAUAACAGUUAUUCAUGUUGCAUGAUUAUGGUACAAUUUGUCUCUUUAAAUCAAUAAUAUUUGAAAAUGAUCAUUGAUUGUGUUUCAUGAAUCCUAGCUUUAUUUUUUUAAAAGGCUUAAUACAAGAUUAGAUAUUACGUCAAUCUCAUUGCGAUAUUUACAAUUAAUGCAUCUUUAAGAUCAGAAUGUUCUUUCGAAAACGGCCAAAUAGGGUUUGUCAUUCCCAAGACCCGAAUAUGUCACAUUGCAUUACGUAAAUUGAGGGGGUGGGUGGAGUUACAACUGGUCCUGGUCGACAUUAUGCCCAUAUUUGCCGAUUAUAGAUACAUCGCCCUAGGGCGUAGCUAGGGUUAGUGUCACCCUGGGUGGGCCAAGAUGUGCUUUCCUUCCGUCUACGCUAAAAAACAAUCUCCAGUUAGCCGAAAAUACACCACCUCCAUAAAAGGAGAAAAAAUGGACAUGGGGUUGGAUCGCCGUCGAUGCCUCUGACACUGGUCAUCCGAAUAUCUGAAUUUCCCACCCUCAUUAACUAUUGAGUGGAAGAGACACUACAAACAUAUACAUAUAGAAUCGACCAACGUCCACGACGAACCUGGGAGCUGGUGACAAUCUGUCACUUGAUGAAAUUUAGCCCAAAAGAAACAAAAAAAAGAGGAAAUAAAUUGUAUUCUAAAAUGAGAACCUGGGAUUUCUCGGGAUGGGAAAAUUUCCCGGGAAGUCUUUUGUGUACUAAAAAUCCCAGGUUCCUGGGAGAGAAAAACCUUGUACAGGCAUCUCGGUGAAACCAAUCUCCAGCCCCCCCACCUCCCGCUUCAGAAUUCAAUAGCAUAAAAUUCAGAAUUAACAAUAGAAUAUGUUUCGUGACUUUUCUUUAAAAAAAAAAAAAAAAUUCAACACAGCUCGCCAUAAUCACCUGGAAGAAACUCUCUUCAUUCAUUAAUAAUGAGCACCAUAUGCUUUAACAUUUGUGACAUAAAGACUUUAUUACUAAAUAUCAAAUCUAGGAACAUAUCAAACAAUGAUCAGAAAACCCUUUUCAAUUUCUAAAUAAUCCUAUAUCUGAAAUACAUUACAGGCAUGCAUUAUCUGGUUUCUGUCAUUCUUGGAAAAGCGCAAAAGGCGCCAGGACGUGUGUGAUGGACGUCCAGCAUUGAUCAUGUAUGUUCACCUCCCUGAAGUUUACUUCUCUUGCUAUUGAUAUCCUUGAUUUCAGUAAUCCUAUUACAUUUUAUAUCCUAGUUUCAGUAGUCCUAUUACAUUUGAUAUCCUAGUUUCAGUAGUAAUAUUACAUUUGAUAUCCUAGUUUCAGUAGUAAUAUUACAUUUGAUAUCCUAGUUUCAGUAGUAAUAUUACAUUUGAUAUCCUAGUUUCAGUAGUCCUAUUACAUUUGAUACCCUAGUUUCAGUAGUAAUAUUACAUUUGAUAUCCUAGUUUCAGUAGUAAUAUUACAUUUGAUAUCCUAGUUUCAGUAGUAAUAUUACAUUUGAUAUCCUAGUUUCAGUAGUAAUAUUACAUUUGAUAUCCUAGUUUCAGUAGUAAUAUUACAUUUGAUAUCCUAGUUUCAGUAGUAAUAUUACAUUUGAUAUCCUAGUUUCAGUAGUAAUAUUACAUUUGAUAUCCUUGAUUUCAGUAGUCCUGUUAUAUUUGAUAUCCUUGAUUUCAGUAGUCCUGUUACAUUUGAUAUCCUAGUUUCAAUAGUAAUAUUACAUUUGAUAUCCUUGAUUUCAGUAGUCCUGUUACAUUUGAUAUCCUAGUUUCAAUAGUAAUAUUACAUUUGGUAUCCUUGAUUUCAGUAGUAAUAUUACAUUUGGUAUCCUUGAUUUCAGUAGUCCUAUUACAUUUGAUAUCCUUGAUUUCAGUAGUAAUAUUACAUUUGGUAUCCUUGAUUUCAGUAGUAAUAUUACAUUUGGUAUCCUUGAUUUCAGUAGUAAUAUUACAUUUGGUAUCCUUGAUUUCAGUAGUAAUAUUACAUUUGGUAUCCUUGAUUUCAGUAGUAAUAUUACAUUUGGUAUCCUUGAUUUCAGUAGUAAUAUUACAGCAAACAUUUAUUUCUUGAAUAAUUAACUCUUUUCAUUAACCGUCUACAUUACUUUAACAGUAUGUAACGCACUGCUUCUGACAUACGACAAUGAUUACAUAUAACAUUGAUACAAAUAUUAAAUAUAACAAAGAUUACAAUGUAGUACAAUGACAACGGUGAACGUGUUAAAUAUGCAACGAUGACAAUGACAAUAAUAAUAUCCAGCUCUUUGCAGACCGAUUCCCUUCCUGGACGGCUAUGAGAACAGAAUGGCGUACUCCGUGGCUUUUGGUACCAUCACCAACACAUUCGUCUCACUGGUGUUAUCAGAAGAUACCCUGGGCUUCGACAUGCCAUUGUGGGGACGAGGUAAACAGUAGUAACGAUCGAUACAGAACAUGGUCUUAUUUUUUAUUUCUCUGUAAAUUCAGAAAUUGUUUCGAUUUUUAAAAAAAAAUAUUCAUCAAAUUGUACUUCAAUACAUGUUCCUAAAUCUCGACACCACGUGUUUGCCUUGAGACUUACGGAAAACGCACUUUCGCAUUUGCUGGUCCAACAAUUUGGAUCGCCCUUCCUGUCGAUCUUAGAAACAACCAGACACUGGAGUCCUUUAAAACCGAUCUAAAGACACAUCUAUUUCGCAAAUACCUUCUGGGAUGAUUGUCUACCUUAUUUUCCAGUUGAUGCAUAAUGGAUGUGUUGCUCCGGGUUGAAAUGGCUAGAAAGACUUUGAGAUUGUAUGCUUGAAAUUAGUUUUUGUAGUGUUGCGUUUGUUUUAAAUGUGGUAAAUGAUAGAUAUGUUUUUUGUUGAUUUUGUACCGCGCUUCGAGACUUUGGGGAUGAAGCGUGUUUUUGAAAUGAACUUUAUUAUUAUUAUUAUUAUUAUAUAUAAUGAAUUUGCAGGUAAUACAUUUUGUUAUUUUGUGUAUAAGAAGAAAUGUAAAUUGCGCAUUGAUUUAAAAUAUUGCCUUCCUUAAAAACACAAUGGCAUAUACGACUACAAAAUAAAAUUAUGUAUUAUCCUCGUUUCAGCUCUCUACGUGUACCUUCAAGCCUUCAUUGGCUGUCUGACUUGUUUCCCUUUGGUGGCUUGUCUGUCCACACGGUACAGGGCCAUUGGCGCUAUUAUUUGUAUACUUUAUUCUAUGACGUGGUAAGGUUUUUUUUUUAUGUCGCGUUACCUACCUUAAAAGAAAAUGAUGACGUAACGAUUGAUCCAUUUGAUAAAUAUUAUUUUUUUACAAAAUGCUUUGUAAUUUGUUAUGCUUAUUUCUUUAUCUUUGCUUUUUUUAUUUUGAAUAUAACCUAUACAUUGUAGAAAGCUUCAUUUGAAUUUAAAUGCUCAUUACGUAACUUGUAUAGGUUUUUUUUAUUUCGAAUGUUUGAUAAAUACUGAGCUGUGCUUUUUACAUACACAAUUUUUGUGAAAAUUAUUAUGAAAUGCAAUUUGAUAUUGAUUCAGAUAACUUGUGAUUCAGAUAACUUGUGAUUCAGAUAACUUGUGAUUCAGAUAACUUGUGAUUCAGAUAACUUGUGAUUCAGAUAACUUGUGAUUCAGAUAAAUGAAAUUAAAUGUUGAUAAUCUACUUCAGGUUUUCCCUAAAUGUGGUGGAAACAAUAAAGGAAGUUCGUGAGAGUGAGAAUGACACACUGUGGGGGAUGGCAGUAAGUUACCGGUUGAAACUUGGCAACAUCUCACAACUUUUUUUACAGUUAAAGAUAGAGUGGUUUUAUGAAAAGCAUCGACCACUAAAUAAAAUUAUCCAUUUUUAUCCUGAUUGCGAUAAAAUAAAUCCAAUAUUGACCUUUCGGAUAUUUGUCAUAAUUGAUCAACUGAUUAUUUCUAUUUAUUGAAUCCUCCCUGGUGUUCAGCCCUUUGACGAUGUGACCUUCAGCCUAUCUAAGGCCAACGCCAUCUUACAAGGCCUUCCAAGCAUCUUCUGUUACCUCGUCCUCAUGGGAUAUUGUGUCUACGUCCUAUAUAGAUGUGUCGUCAAUAGAACAUUUUACAAUAGAGUGAGUAGACUAUAGAGUGAGCAGACAUUAGAGUGAUUAUGUAAUAGAGUCGAAAAUAAAGUGAGUGGACUAUAGAAUGAGUAGACACUAGAGUGAGUAUAAAAUAGAGUUAGUAAACAAUAGAAUGAGUAGACAAUAGAUCGAGUUGACAAUAGAAGAAGUAUACAAGAGAUUAAGUAGAAAAUAGAGUGAUUAUACAAUAGAGUGAGUAGACAAUGAUGUUACAACUUAAUCUGGAUUUUGUCGUAAAUGCAUCCUUUCACAAUUAUUAUCCGAAAUCCACUGUAGCGUAGAGACAUAUGGAUAACGUUAGUAAAACAAUAUCCACAAUCCUACUUAAUGUCUAGUGAUGAUUCAUCUAAUGAUUAUCAUGUUCUUAGAGGUUGGACAAAAAUUGUGGCUUAGGAUCACCUAUAUGACGUAGCAUAUAUUAUAGUGAACCGCAAUAUACUGAAGGUUUUAGGUAUGCAUUAUGUAUAUACUAAAGUUUUUCCGUUUUUAUUGGGUAUAUACGAAAGUUUUUAGAAUAUGCAUUCGGUAUAUACUGAAGGUUUUAGUUAUGCAUUGGGUAUGUACUGAAGAUUUUAGGUAUGCAUUUGGUAUAUACUACUAAAGUUUUUCGGUUUGUACUGGGUAUAUACGAACGUUUUAAGAAUAUGCAUUCGGUAUGUACUGAAGGUUUUAGGUAUGCAUUUGGUAUUCACUUUAAACAAUUGUAGAUAUGAAUGGUAGUUUCGUGAUUUUGUUGUUGUUAUAUUGGUAAAUAAUCCACUUAAAUUGCCCACCCCAUUCAGCACACUGAAGGCUCUGUAAGGCGUCAUCAAGAGGAUCACGUGAGAUGGGUUUUGAGGAAGUCCAAAGAUAAAACUUACAUUGAUGACGCGGUGGGACCUAAAAAGUCUUUUGUGGAGAGAAUGUAAUUUUUAAACGCUAUUUUAUUUGCUACUUCAAUAUUACAUUUAGAAUUUAGUUUAAUUCGUUCAACUAUAAGAUAAUUUGAGCUGGAAAUCUUUAUAAUAUUAAAUAAUUUGAACUCGAAAUAUUCAUUGUUAUUUAUAUAAAAUAAUUUGAAAACGAAAUAUUCAUCUUUAUUAAUAUAAAAUAAUUUGAACUCGAAAUAUUCAUCUUUAUUCAUAUAAACGGUAAAAAAAUGCUUAAUAAAUGAAGGUCAGGCUCAUGAUUAUGGUCACUCAAAAUUUAUUUAUGUGUACUUAUUCUCAUUGCUAGAUGAUUCUGUGACAUAUUUCUAACCUGUAAUUUGUAACUAUACAUAAAUUACUUAGGCUCCCUACUUAAUGAAUAAGACUGGUGCCACUUAAUUAACUAUGGCGUCAUGUUGUCAGGGCCAAAGACAGGAAACUACGCCUCGUCAAAAGUUUACCAUUCUUCAAGUAUCCAACGAAAAUAUUUGCCAUCGCCUUUGUUCAGGUCAACAUCAUCUACUGGGUAAGAUAUUCAUCUCAUCCGUGACGACAGACACAUAAGAUAUUCUUCUCAUCAAUGAUGACAUAUAUAUAUUCAUCACAUCAGUGACGACAGACACAUAAGAUAUUCUUCUCAUCAGUGAUGACAUACACAUAAGAUAUUCUUCUCAUCAGUGAUGACAUACACAUACGAUAUUCUUCUCAUCAGUGAUGACAUAUACAUAACAUAUUCUUCUCAUCAAUGAUGACAUAUACAUAAGAUAUUCUUCUUAUCAAUGACGUCAUACACAUACAAACUUCCGGAACUAAAUGUUUCACGGAUCCAAAAGCAUUUUUUUUUAAAGCAGCCUCACGUGAUUAAACAUCUAUAAACUAAUUAAUUGUUGUUCUCAAUGACCUUUGACCCCCUUAAGACAUACGAAUAAAACAUUAACCAAUUAUUUUAUCAGUCAGAUCAAUUUAAAAAGUGCCAAAUGUUCAGUAAAAUAUGCGCACUCAAAGAGGAGUAAUUUGGGACUCGCUGUGAAUUUCUAUAGUAAUUCCUUAUCUAAGAGAAAGUCAUAGAGAAGGAAAAAGAGAGAGAGAGAAAGAGUGAGAGGGGGAGGAAGAGAGAGAGAGAGAGAAAGAGUGAGAGGGGGAGGAAGAGAGAGAGAGAGAGAAAGAGUGAGAGGGGGAGGGAGAGAGAGAGAGAGAGAAAGAGUGAGAGGGGGAGGGAGAGAGAGAGAGAGAGAAAGAGAGAGAGGGGGAGGGAGUGAAGAGAGAGAGAGAGAGAAAGAGUGAGAGGGGGAGGAAGAGAGAGAGAGAGAGAAAGAGUGAGAGGGGGAGGAAGAGAGAGAGAGAGAGAAAGAGUGAGAGGGGGAGGAAGAGAGAGAGAGAGAGAGAGAAUGGGAGAGAAUGGGAGAAAGGGGAGAGAAGGAGAGUGGAGAGAGAGAGGUCGUUGAUAUUGGGCACUGGACAAAUUGGUUUCACGACUUCAAACCCAUUAGACUUAAGAUGAAUGAUGUUAUACAAAAAUUAAGUGUAAUUUAACAACGAGGUAGUAUUAUUGUGCCAACCUAGGGGUCGUCCAUAUAGUACGUACGCAAUGGAGGGGGGUGGUGGUGUUGAAUAUGGAGAUUGUGCAUCCACGUGCGUAUGGGCGGGGGGGGGGGGGGUCUCGGCAAGAAGUACGUACAUUUAUUUUAAAAUUCUAUAGUAAACAUCAUGACUCUCUUACAGUCAAAAGAGAACAUAUUUCUGUCUCGAAUGCUGUAAAGAUAUCACGCUAUGCUUUGUAGGAAUUGUCGUCAUAAUGUUGCCUCGUGUUUUCACAAAUGAGCUGGCUCGAUAUCGCUCAGAUAGUACUCAGUUAUAGAGGUAUUACAGUAAUAUUUAGCCAACCGUGUGUUUAAUCUGCGUUUGACUUAUUUCCCCCCCCCCCACCAAAAAAAACAAAACAACAAAAUACAACGUCUACGACAGUUGUUAUCAAAACAUUAUUUUCCCGGUCCUCUUGCCAGCUUUAGGUGUUCAUCAAGGGCCCCGUGUUAAAACUCUAGCGCGUACAAUUCUAAAUUGAGAAUAAGUGAACACAAAUUAAAUUUUAAAAAAGCGUUUGCAUAAAAAUAGUGUAGGUCAUUAAGCACUAGUGUUUGCACCAAGAUCGCUGGAAGUCACAUCAUUAAGCACUAGUGUUUGCACCAAGAUCGCUGGAAGUCACAUCAUUAAGCACUAGUGUUUGCACCAAGAUCGCUGGAAGUCACAUCAUUAAGCACUAGUGUUUGCACCAAGACCGCUGGAAGUCACAUCAUUAAGCACUAGUGUUUGCACCAAGAUCGCUGGAAGUCACAUCAUUAAGCACUAGUGUUUGCACCAAGACCGCUGGAAGUCACAUCAUUAAGCACUAGUGUUUGCACCAAGAUCGCUGGAAGUCACAUCAUUAAGCACUAGUGUUUGCACCAAGACCGCUGGAAGUCACAUCAUUAAGCACUAGUGUUUGCACCAAGAUCGCUGGAAGUCACAUCAUUAAGCACUAGUGUUUGCACCAAGACCGCUGGAAGUCACAUCAUUAAGCACUAGUGUUUGCACCAAGACCGCUGGAAGUCACAUCAUUAAGCACUAGUGUUUGCACCAAGACCGCUGGAAGUCACAUCAUUAAGCACUAGUGUUUGCGCCAAGACCGCUGGAAGUCACAUUGGAUUAAACGUGUAUCUACAAUUAUGAGAAAUGUGUGAUAUUCGCGGCACCGCUGUGAGGACGCCAAAGCAACCUAGGACAGGGCCAAGCCGAGGAAAAGUGGCACAUGUGGCGAAGCCAUUGCAACUUCAUAGUAAAAACGCACCCCCCCCCCCGGGCGGACAAGUAAAAAGACAAUUUUGGCGCCCCUUGUCUUUCUGAAGUAUAUGGACUUAAAUAUUUUGAUUCACUAUUAAGGUCCUGUCUAAAGACGACGUUGGCGCCUAAUAUGUUGGCGCCCGGUGCCACUGCCCUCCUUUCCCCAUUCUAUUCGCUUGGCACGAGGGCAACGUGGCACUCAGGGUGACGCCGUGUGUGGCAGUGGAGUGAGGCAGUGGGUUUGGGGCAGUGGAGUGGGGCAGUGGAGUGGGGCGGUAAGGUGGGGUGGUGGAGUGGGGCGUUAGAAAGCUUCUUGUACAUACGCAUUGUUGGAGGGGGUGUCCAAAAAAAAAGAACGCGUGCAACACGGGGAGGGGGUGCACAUUGGACUUAGUUUUGGGGAAAUACGUUAAUGGACGCGACCUCCCCCCCCCCCCCAUAUUGAUUCUAACAGAGUUUUAUAUUGAUUCGUAUGCAACCCGGUAUCCCAAAGCUCGCAACUGCACAAGUUUUCCACGCCCCUGACCUAUUUUAAUAUGCAUUAGUGUACAUAGCAUUCUAAUCUGUUGUUUUAUCCACAGAUGGGCAUGUUUUUAAUCUCUGGAACUAUCAGCAUUGUUUAUGGAGUUCUCAAGUUAAAUUUUGAUAUAGAAAAUUUAUCUACAAUUGAAAAGGAGAAUUUGGCACUUGUAUCAAGUGAGCUUUCUUUAAACUUAUCUUAAGGAAAUACUAAAGAUUAUUAUGACCAUAGUGACAUAAUGACCAUAAUGAUCAUAAAGACCAUAAUGACUAUGCUACCUACAGCUACAUCAUUAUUCACAAUCAUCAUACUUGUCACAACUUCGUAAUAUUCAACAACAAAAAAAUAAUUACAAAACGAACACAUUUACUACAAUUUUCCCAUUGGACAUAAUCACCAAAAAACCCAUAAGUAAUUCAUUCUUCGUUAGCACCCCAUUUUAAUAUCACCACAAAAACAUAAGCACUUCAUUCUUCGUUAGCACCCCAUUUUAAUAUCACCACAAAACCAUUAGCACUUGAUUCUUCGUUAGCACCCCAUUUCACAAUCACCACAAAACCAUUAGCACUUCAUUCUUCGUUAGCACCCCAUUUCACAAUCACCACAAAACCAUUAGCACUUCAUUCUUCGUUUAGCAACCCAUUUUAAUAUCACCACAAAACCAUUAGCACAUCAUUCUUCGUUAGCACCCCAGUUCACAAUCACCAGAAUGCCCAUGCGUUCACGAAUAACGGUGUUCGCAAGCGUGUAUGGUCACGUGACACAGAAUAUUUUAUUGCAAAUAUUCACUCAACGCAAUGUUUGUUAACUUUGACCCCCCCCCCCCCCUUUCCUGGUUGAAUUCCGUUAGUGGUCAAAUGGUCACGUGACACAGAAAAUUUUAUUGCAAAUAUUCACUCAACGCAAUGUUUGUUAACUUUGACCCCCCCCCCCCCCUAUUGCUGGUUGAAUUCCGUUAGUGGUCAAAUGUAAUCCGUCUCAAUGUCCAUUUGUCCAAUCCAAGUAUAGUCUGUGCCGGUGUGGCCCUCAUAGUGGCCAUCUCGGGGUCCAUCGUCCACAUCUUCAUGGCCAUCAGGAAUUACAGGUCAGUGGCCAUAUUAAACCUUCUAUGUGUAGCUACACGCUUUCUGAAGUUACAGAACAUAUCUGACCUAUCUACUUAUCUAACUUAACUUCUUUUAUACCUUAUCUACUUAUCUAAAUAUCAACUUAUCUAAAUAUCUACUUAUCAAAAUAUCUAAUUAUCUAAUUAUCUACUUAUCUAACUUAACCCAAUAUCCUACUUUCAAAUUCUUUAGGGAAAAAAAAUAGUUUAAUUUUAUUUCUGAAAUACACUAUUUUAAUAAAUUUACGAAUUAGCCGUAAAAAAAUUAAACACAGCUUAUUGUCGUGUUUCCAAGAGCUGUUGUUUAAAUCCCCAGUGAAAUAAUGGUUGCAGAUAUAUUAGUAUAAGAUUGAAUGAGAGAAAUAUUUAUUUUAUUGCUUGAAAUUUCAAAAAAUAAAGUAAGAUACAACCAUGUUUAAAACUUCUACAUUUUGAAUUUAUACCAACACCCCAGAUAUCACAUGUUGAGGAUAUACCAAGGUGACAAAGAAUUUGCCGUACAGUUUGAGGACAGCUCACAAUAUAUUUUAGUAGGUCACUUAGGUCGAUGUUUUACCUGAGAGAGUGAUCACCUAAAGAUCACUCUCAAAUAUGCAAUCUUACACCAUAGUAUAUUCUCAAUAGCCUAUUCACUAUAGCCUAUUCACUAUAGCCUAUUCACUAUAGCCUAUUCACUAUAGCCUAUUCACGUAAGCCUAUUCACGUAAGCCUAUUCACGUAAGCCUAUUCACGUAAGCCUAUUCACGUUAGCCUAUUCACGUAAGCAUAUUCCCUAUAGCUUAUUUACUUUAGCAUAUUCUCUAUAGCCUAUUUACUUUAGCCUAUUCACUUUAGCCCAAUCACUUUAGCCUAAUAACUUUAGCCUAUUCACUACAACCUAUUCACGUAUGUCAAUUCACCUUAGCUAAUCACUUUAGCCUAUCACUUUAGCCUAUUCACUAUAGCCUAUUCACCUUAGUCUAUUCACUUUAGCAUAAUCACUUUAGCCUAUUCACUUUAGGCUAAUCACUUUAGCCUAUUCACGUAAGCCUAUUCCCUAUAGCUUAUUUACUUUAGCCUAAUCUCUUUAGCCUAUUUACUUUAGCCUAUUCACUUUAGCCUAAUCACUUUCGCCUAUUAACAAUAUCCUAUAUCCUUAGUCAUUCACUUUAGCCCAAUCACUUUAGCCUAAUAAGUUUAACCUAAUCACUUUAGCCUAUUCACUAUAGCCUAUUCACCUUAGUCUAUUCAUUUUUGCCUUGUCCCUUUAGCCUAAUCACUUUAGCCUAAUCACUUUAGCCUAGUCACUUUAGCCAAAUCACUUUAGCCUAAUCACUUAAGCCUAUUCACUCUAGCCUAUUCUCUCUAGCCUAUUCACUCUAGCCUAUUCACUUUGAUGUAAUCGCUUUAACCUUGUCACUUUAGCCUUUUUACUUUAGCCUUAUCACUUUAGCCUAUACACUUAGCCAAAUCACUUUGGCCUAGUCACUUUCGCCAAAUCACUUUAGCCUAACCACUUUAGCCUAAUCACUUUAGCCUAAUCACUUUAGCCUAAUCAUUUAAGCCUAUUCACUCUAGCCUUUUCACUCUAGCCUAUUCACUCUAGCCUAUUCACUCUAACCUAUUCACUCUAGCCUAUUCACUCUAGUUUAUUCACUCAAGCCUAUUCACUCUAGCCUAUUCACUUUGAUCUAAUUGCUUUAGUCAAAUCACUUUAGCCUAUACACUUAGCCAAAUCACUUAAGCCUCUACACUUUAGCCUAAUCUCCGCAUCUAGCCUUUCAGCCAAUGAAUAUGAUCUAGCUGUGUUGUAUCCACAGACCAGUAGCAUGCUGUACCCUGGCUACCAAGUGGGUUUCAUGCUCUGGGGUAAGGACCUCAUUUGAUUUUUAUUUGAUCCAAUAUUGAACAAACGAAACUCAUUUCUCGAUAGCAGUUGAAUCCACUCUAUGGAUAAUGCACUCUUACAAUAGUUCCUCGAUAGCAGUUGAAUCCACUCUAUGGAUAAUGCACUCUUACAAUAGUUCCUCGAUAGCAGUUGAAUCCACUCUAUGGAUAAUGCACUCUUACAAUAGUUCUUAAUAAAGCUUAAGUAUUAAAUAAUCAGUCUAAAGGUAGUAAUCGGACGGACAGAUACUAUUAGUAGUAAUAAGGCACUGGGAGAUAAUUCAAAGACCUCUCUCGUCCCAUCAAUGAAUUCAUGUCUUCCCAAAGGCUGUGUUGUCUUGUCCCAUCAAUGAAUUCAUGUCUUCCCACAGGCUGUGUUGUCUUGUCCCAUCAAUAAUUCAUGUCUUCCCACAGGCUGUGUUCUCUUGUCCCAUCAAUGAGUUCAUGUCUUCCCACAGGCUGUGUUGUCUUGUCCCAUCAAUGAGUUCAUGUCUUCCCACAGGCUGUGUUGUCUUGUCCCAUCAAUGAGUUCAUGUCUUCCCUCAGGCUGUGUUGUCUUGUCCCAUCAAUAAUUCAUGUCUUCCCACAGGCUGUGUUCUCUUGUCCCAUCAAUGAGUUCAUGUCUUCCCACAGGCUGUGUUCUCUUGUCCCAUCAAUGAGUUCAUGUCUUCCCACAGGCUGUGUUCUCUUGUCCUAUCAAUCAAUUCAUGUCUUCCCACAGGCUGUGUUCUCUUGUCCCAUCAAUGAAUUCAUGUCUUCCCACAGGUUGUGUUCUCUUGUCCCAUCAAUGAGUUCAUGUCUUCCCACAUGCUGUGUUGUCUUGUCCCAUCAAUGAAUUUAUUUAUUUAUUUAAUUAGGAAUUUUUAUAUAGCGCUUACCUUAAAGCUCUAAGCGCUUUACAAUUAUUAAAAACAUGUAAACUAACUAAAAUAAAAAUGAGACAUUAGGAUAGUAACUACUAUACUAUAGAAACAAUUAAAAUGGCUAUAAAACGAGGACACUUUGGCACGUUUUGGCCUAUAUUACAGGAUUAACCAGAGACAGAAAAUUAGGCCGGGCAAGGAGGGUGCAUCACAGGUCAUAGGCGGACCUAAACAGAUGGGUUUUAAGGGACUUUUUAAAAGUGGACGAGUUUUCACAAUGACGGAUAUGGAAGGGGAGCUGGUUCCAGAACGUGUUGUCUUGUCCCAUCAAUGGAUUCAUGUCUUCCCAAAGGCUGUGUUCUCUUGUCCCAUCAAUGAAUUCAUGUCUUCCCACAGGUUGUGUUCUGAGUUUCGUAUUUGUGCUACUGACUUCACUUUGUAUAGCGGAGCCUAUAUAUUGGUUAACAGAGUUAGGACUUUUGGGAGAUUUGGCUGUACAACUGGCUCAGACACUAAGGUAUUUAUUUGCUGUACAAUUGUCUCAAACACUAAGGUUAUUGGCUGUAUAACUGGCUUAGACAACAAGGUACUUAUGGCUGUAAAGCUGGCCCAGACACUAAUUUAUUUAGGAUUUUAUCUGUCUUAGAGACUAAGGUAUAUAUAUGGCCAUACCACUGCCUCAGACAAAAGGUAUUUAUGGUUGAUUAUCUGGCUAAACCAUUAAAGUACUGACAAAGAUCCGGAGUACCUUUACUUGCAGUGCUGCAUUAUUGCCCCAAUGACUCGAAUGAUGAAAGCCUUACUUCUGAUCAAAUAAAAGUCUGCCUGUUGAUUAGUUGUUGAUAAAUGUUUUUAUAGUCUAGCAUCGCAUCCAUGGAGUAUUCUGCAGUUAUUUUAAUAUUUAACUUUUGUAUUUAGAAAUAACAAUUUUGAAGCACUUCUUUUUUUCUUCAGUUUCCCGGCCACCAUGUUGUUAUUGUUUUAUUUGCAAAUGUUUAUGUGUAAGCGAGUUUUGCUUCAAAAGAGAAUCAACCAAUCAGAUGAGCACCCGCCACUAAACGUUGAUAACAGGUCAGUUUGAUCAUCCUAACACAAACUUGUUUAUAAACAUUCGCCCUUGUUUCUUAGUUCUUAAUUAUCAAACACAAAAAGGAAAAGGGUGGCGGAAAGGGCGAUCCACCCCCGGGCGGCAAUUUUUUCUUUAGAUGGAGUGACGGAAAUUUCGACCAGCUGCAAAGUUUUCUCCGUGGAAGGGGCGGAAAAAUCAUGGCCAUCCUUGGGUGUGACUUACCUUAGCUACGCCCCUGAGCACAAAGAUUUUGUUACAUAUAGUUAUCAAAAUUGUGAAAGAAUUCUAUCUUCAUAGACUUGAGACGUGACCAAAAUAGUUGACAAAAUAUGAAACGUGUGCAAGUUGUAUAUAGAGAUAUGUAGGGUGUCAUAAGUGGUGAGAUGUAGUUUUUCAUAAGUGGUGAGAUGUAGUGUGUCAUAAGUGUGAGAUGUAGUGUGUCAAAAUUGGUGAGACAAGGUAAGGUCGGUCAUGAACGCUUCAUAAAAGUUUUUAUGAAAUGAACGUCUUUCCUGUGCACGGUGCGUAAGACAGCUUUGCUCAUUACAAGAGGACAUGUGUUGGGUGUUAUGUGUAAGACAGCUUGGCUCAUUACAAGAGAACAUUGUGUUGAGUGUUCAUUUACUUGACGUCUGAAUGUUGUGAAACGUAAUGGUAUUGAAUAUAUUUUUUGAGACCAGGAUGGACACACUUUUUCCAAAAUAGCCAGAGUCAUGGCGAUUAAAAAGUAAAAUUCCCCAAACUAUACAUAAAUGAUAAAACACUACUGUUAAAUCAAUUAACAGUGAUACCUUCGAUGGCGGCGUCUCAGCUUCUUCUGAAAUGCAGCAUUUUAAAUGAAAUAAAAACCAACAACUUUACUCACCCAAUUAAACCAAAUGUUGAUGUUAUCUUGUAUAAGACUGACAUUUGAAUACUAGCAAUAGAGAUCAUUUAAAAAGAAUGCAUCACAUGUUUUGGAUUGAAUCUAGUCAUCCCAGCUAACACUUAUCUCACCUCACAGAAGCCAGGUCACUUAAUCAGAGCCAAACGCUCAAUAAACACUGACGUCACCUCUGACAACUCCAUGAGCAGUUACAUCCGGAGCAAUGAUAAAUGCUUCACUGUGUGACCUCGGUGUAACACAGUUCAAUAUAAACAAUCAUUCUUCCCACGAACAAUAAUUGCUUGGAACCAACUGGACAAUGCGGCCGUGGACUCGACAUCAGUCGAGAGUUUCAAGGCUGCCCUGGCACCACCUGCUAGGAGCCGUUAGGAUAGCCGCACCGUUUCCCAAACCGUUGAACAUCUGCCAGGACUUGGUUGCAGCAACGUAGUCUAUCAGAAUCAGAAUCAGAAACUGCAUCAAGAGGAGAGUGUACUAGAGAUUUAUCAAAAGACUGUAUCUUGAGAUUGUACAUACACAUUGUAUUUUGAGAUUGCAUCUUGAGAUUGUAUCUAGAGAUUGUAUCUUGAGAUGGUACCUCUAGAUUGUAUCUAGAGAUUGUACAUAUAGAUUGUAUCUAGAGAUUGUAUCUGGAGAUUGUAUCUAGGGAUUGUAUCUUGAGAUUGUAUCUAGGAAUUGUACCGCGAGAUUGUUUCUUGAUAUUUUCUGCAGAGAUUGUAUCUCGAAUUUGCAAAGAAUGUCUGAAUCUAUAGAUUUCAUCUAUAGAUUAUAUGUAGAGACUGUGUCUAAAGAUUUCUUCUAUAGAUUAUACGUAGAGACUGUGUCUAAAGAUUUCUUCUAUAGAUUAUACGUAGAGACUGUGUCUAAAGAUUUUAUCUAGACAUUGUAUCUUAGAUAUUGCAAAGAGUGACUGAAUCUAUAUAUUGUAUAUAGAUAUUUUAUCUAGAGAAUGUAUCUAGAGAUUUUAUUUAGAAAAUGACUUUAUUACAGGAAACUAUAUGAAAUUAUCAACUACUUGUCAAUGUUUACGAACAUGGCAGUCGGAGUCUUCACGUGUUUACUCCGUAUCAUUGUCAGUGCAUUCUUUGGUGUCUUCUCCGUUGGAAGACUGGAUAAAAGUGUCUUUACCAGAGAUAUGGAAACUUUUGAUAGAGGUAAGUCAACAUAUGGGGAUGUCGACCGGGGUAAGCUUGUCUAUGCUUCUGAUAACUCUCACAGGUUACAAAGCCUACUUGUCUAUGCUUCUGAUAACUCUCCCAGGUUACAAAGCCUACUUUUCUAUGCUUCUGAUAACUCUCCCAGGUUACAAAGCCUACUUGUCUAUGCUUCUGAUGACUCUCCCAGGUUAUAAAGCCUACUUGUCUAUCCUUCUGAUAACUUCCCCAGGUUACAAAGCCUACUUUUCUAUCCUUCUGAUAACUCCCCCAGGUUAGAAAGCCUACUUGUCUAUGAUUCUGAUAACUCCACCAGGUUACAAAGCCUACUAUUCUAUCCUUCUGCAAACUCCCCCAGGUUACAAAACCUUACUUUUUGAGGCCUUCUGCUAACUCCCCCAGGUUACAAAUCCUACUUUUCUAUCCUUCUGAUAACUCCCCCAGGUUACAAAGCCUACUUGUCCAUGCUUCUGGUUGACAACGCCCACAACAACCCCAGCAUGCGAGUGUUUGCUCAUCUGUUGUGGACCAAAGUGCUAGCGUCUCGCUUCAAACAGGGGAGUAGCUCUGGUAGCUUUAGUGACACGACUCCACUGACUCCCCCAAUAAAAAUACGUCAAAGGUAAGCUACCCUUAUAGUCUUCAUCAAAUAAUUUAUUUAAAGUUGCUCCCCUUUAUGAAACUGAAAAUACUGUACUCGUACCUCUAAUUGAUGAUGUCAGACGUAUUCGAUUCCACGAAUCUUACACGGCUCAACCUCUAUUACAAUCUUCUAUGAUGGUGUGUUAAGAAAACAAAAAAAAAAACUUGUCUAUUUUUAUUUUUUUUACAUUUAGAACAUUUGGAACAAAUAGUAGCGAAACUCCCAGCUCGGCAGAGUCCGGAAAUCCCUGGACAUUUUGUGAUGGCCCCGGUAAGUAAACAGUGGUUUGGUUCUGUCCCGACCCUUGCAAACGAUUCGCACGAUGCAUUCCAGUGGCAUCAAGCAAAAUUAGUUUUGGAUCUCGGUUUGGUGUUCAGUUCAUUCAGUGGUGCUCCAUGCUUGGUAUCAUGUUGACUGGAAACCAACUAGUUAUUAAAUGCAAAGCUACAACUUAGAUAACUGACUCUAUUAAAAACUUUUAUGUUUUAUGAUUUUGCCAUCUAUUCGAAGUAAACAAGUACCAACUAUUUCAAGGUAGCCUUAAUGUUGAAUUAAACAUAUUCCAAUAUUUCAAGGUAGCCUUAAUGUUGAAUAAAACACAUUCCAAUAUUUCAAGGUAGCCUUAAUGUUGAAUUAAACAUAUUUCAGUGUAGCCUUAAUGUUGUAUUAAACAUAUUCCAAUAUUUCAAGCUAGCCUCAAUAUUAAAUUAAACACAUUCCAAUCAUUUCAAGGUAGCCUUAAUGUGUAAGUCAAAGGUUUUCCAUUGUUUUAGUUCACAUCCAAGUGUCCAAUCAGAGCCUUACUCGAUGGUUCCUGGCCUUCACACUCAUCCACAAUCCGCAACUCACCAAGCUAAGGAAACAUGCCCUUAAGAAGGACGUGUCCAGCUCUCCUACUCCGGAUGACCCUGGUUCUGACAAGUCAGACGCCAGAUUAAAUGAACACACGUCUUUAGAGGAAACACAUGAGAAACAAAACGAAUUAGGGAAGCAAGAUAUUUUUGAUGGCGAAACCAUCAGUAGAAUUGUGUAGGUUCGAUUUAAGUAAUGUCAGAGACACUGUUGAUAGGAUCCUAGUGAGAGAUGGCAGAGAUCUUUUUGACUUGAUUCUAUUGACAGAUGUCAGAGAUACUGUGGAUAUAAUCCUUUUGACAGAUCUCAGAAAAAAUUGUUGAUAUGAUCCUAUAAUUGACUGAUGUCAGGGUUCGUAAAACCAGGUCAGGAGAUAACAUUUGAAUUUCUUAUACAUGUAUACUUCUGUUCUUCAUUGUCACUGUCACGGGUCAUUGCGCGAAGGUAUGGGUGUAUAAUAGUGUUACUGUAAGGGGAAAAGGGGUAUGGAGAUAUCAUGGGGUGUGAAGGUGUAGACGCAAUCCUGGUGCUUUGUUUGCUAGGGUUAAACUCAGUUCUGGAAUAUAUGAUGUCAACGUUCUAACUCAGUGCUGUAAUAUGUGACAUCAAUGUUCUAACCCAGUACUGGAAUAUGUGACGUCAAUGUUCUAACUUAGUUCUGGGAUAUAUGAUGUUAAUGUUCUAACUUACUACUAGAACAUGUGACGUCAAUGUUCUAACCCAGUACUGGAAUGUGUGACGUCAAUGUUCUAACUCAGUGCUGGUAAAUUUGAUGUACUUUUUGUAACUCAGUAUUGGUAUAUGUGAAUGUGAUGUCAUUGUUCUAACUCAAUACUGGAAUAUGUGAUGUUAGUAAGAAUUGUGUUGAAAAUUGCCACGGAUAAGUUGUCCUCAGCCAUUAUGUAUGCGGUGUUACGGCAUUUAUCUUAUAAUUUGUGAGUGUUGAUGAGUUGAUGCUUGGAUAUUAUGCUUACAGUCGAUCGAGUUUUCUUGCAGUCAGAUGACAUAGCUGCCCAGUUUUUUAAUGAAAUUUUGACAUUUUAAAAUCUAACUAUAAAUUUUUCUGUGUUGCUUCACAAAAAAAUUCUAAAUAAAAUUGUCUAUAUUUUACUUUUGUUGUCUGACUUUAACAUUGCUUAAGAAAUAAAUCUUCAGAGCAAUGUUAUAUAGAAAUAAAUCUUCAGAGCAAUGUUAUACAGAAAUAAAUCUUCAGAGCAAUGUUAUAUAGAAAUAAAUCUUCAGAGCAAUGCUAUA